AAUAACAAUUAAAAGGAAUAGCGGAUAAACAAUCGGUGAAGUUGUUCUUUUUCUUGCGCAAUACACGCUAUCGUGAGUUAUAUUGGCAAUUAUCACUUUGAAAGGAGCAGUGGAGGAGAGACCAAGCCGCUAUUGGAAAACGACACUGCUGCAAAAGUAUAAAUUCAACGCACUUUAGUAGAAAAGUGUCAUUCAGUUCUUACAAGUGAUACGCAACGUUUGAUUACGCAAAGUAAAAAAUGGCACUCAUCACGGCUUACUGGGGUUUGGAUGGCAUAAUAAUUCUGGCGACUCUCCUUAUAACUCUGUAUCUUUAUAUGACACGAAAAUUUGGGUACUGGAGGAAACGAGGUGUUAGAGAAGCGACUCCGACUCCAUUUUUUGGCAAUUUCACGGAUUGCAUGCUUAUGAAGAAAAAUCCUUCACAUCUUAUGAAAGAUUUAUAUGAUCAAGGGGAAGGAGUGCCUUAUAUCGGGUUCUACUUAUUAGACAAACCGUGCUUGAUGAUCCGCGAUCGGGAAAUCGUUAAAAACGUCUUAGUGAAGGAUUUUAAUUAUUUCUCUGAUCGAUACGGUUCACCAGAUACAAAUGAUCGACUGGGUUAUGCUAAUCUUUUCUUUAUAAAAAAUCCAGUCUGGAAAUUUUUAAGGACGAAGUUGACACCAACAUUCACAUCGGGCAAACUGAAAAAGAUGUUUGAGCUAAUGACAGAAUGCGGUAAAAAUCUUGAUGCAUAUCUUGAUUUGCUGAUAUUGGAAGAUAAAGGAAUGAACAUUCAAGUGAAAGAUUUAACUGCCAAAUUUGCUACGGACAUAAUUGGUAUUACUGCUUACGGACUCAAUGUGAACUCGUUGAAUAAUCCAGACGCCGAGUUCCGAAAAUACGGCAAAAAGAUUUUUGAGUAUAACAUUAUCCGUGGUUUUGAGUUACUUUCGAUGUUCUUCUUUCCAACGAUAGUUCGUUGGACCGGUAUGAGAACGUUCGGCAAGGAAGCCACCGGUUUCUUACGUAGUGUCCUUUGGGAGACUCUCACUGAACGUAUAAAAACUGGUCAAAAGAGGAAUGAUCUCAUUGAUACUCUUAUUGAACUACAAAACACUUAUAAAGAUCAGAACAUUGGAGGAUUCAAGUUUGACGGGGAUGAUCUAGUAGCGCAAGCAGCUGUUUUCUUCACAGCUGGUUACGAAACUUCUUCAUCGGUUAUGGCUUUUACUUUGUACGAAAUUGCGAUACAUUCGGAAAUACAAAAUAGGCUCAGAAAAGAAAUUCUUGAUGCGCUCCACGAAACUGAUGGCAAAAUUACAUAUGACAUGGUCAUGUCGCUUCCGUAUCUCGACAUGGUGGUGUCCGAAACUUUGCGGAUGUAUCCGCCUCUGGCAUUUCUAGAUCGCGUAGCGGUUGAUACCUACAAGGUGCCAAAUUCCGAUUUGGUUAUCGAAAAGGGCACGCCAAUCUAUAUUUCGAUGCAAGGCAUGCACUAUAACCCGGAAUUCUUCCCUGAUCCAGAAAGAUACGAUCCGGAGCGAUUCAGCGAAGAAAACAAACGUAUCAUACAGCCAUGUACCUAUUUUCCAUUUGGAGAGGGUCCACGCAUAUGUAUAGGUGCCCGUAUGGGGCUUUUACAAACAAAACUGGGAAUUAUUACUAUUUUGAGCAAAUACGAGGUGGAACCAUGCGAGAAAACCUUAAUACCAAUGGUUCUCGAUCCGAAAGGUACGCUAACGUCGCCAAUGGGUGGAGACAUAUGUCUCAAUAUUAGAAAAAUUAACACUUAUUAAAAUGUGUAGUCACUGAACUCUUUUUAAGUCAAAGGAAGUCACAUACGACUCGCCUGAUAUUUAAAUUUUUGUAAUAAAUUUGUAUAUUUUGUGUACAUAUUAAACUACAUACAUAUAAUAUAUAACUUUAAAGAUUUUAUUCUA